AAGUGGAGAGAAAAUUAAUAAGAAAACCUCUUCUCACUUUCUCGCUAUAUUUUUCUUCUUCUUCGUCUUCAAUGUAAGCAAUGCUCGAUUCCAAUAACCUAAUCGAAUAAUGGAACUCACUGAUUCUACGAACGAGCAACUAGGAGAGACAAGGAGCGUCGGUCUCAAGGAAGAUAAUCGCUCCUUUCUCGGCAUCGAUCUCAACGAAAUCCCUACCGGCGCUACUCUCGGCGGUGGUUGCACUGGUGCUCAGGGUGAUGACGGAGAGUAUGAACCUGUUGAAGUAGUUAGGUCAAUUCACGAUAAUCCGGACCCAGCGCCUGGAGCGCCUGCGGAGGUUCCUGGGCCGGAUCGGGAUGCCGCGUGCGGCGCGUGUGGAAGGCCAGAGUCGAUUGAACUCGUAGUAGUCUGCGACGCUUGUGAGCGAGGGUUUCAUCUAUGCUGUGUUAACGACGGAGUGGAGCCGGCUCCUUCCGCCGAUUGGAUGUGCAGCGACUGUGCUACCGGCGGGGAGAGGAGCAAACUGUGGCCGUUGGGGGUUAAGUCUAAGCUCAUCCUGGAUAUGAACGCCUCGCCGCCGAGCGAUGCGGAGGGAUACGGAGGCGAGGAGACGUCAGAUUCGAGAAAGCAUAUGCUGGCCAGCAGUUCUUGCAUGGGAAACUCUUAUGACUAUGCAAUGACGCAUUCAAGCUUUUUGAAACCUGGUAGAGGACAUGCUAGUCCCGAAGCGUCAGGGAUAAUGGCUCGUAAUACUAAAAUGAGUGUGGAUGGAUUGGAUUCACAUACCCUAGGUUUUGGCUUCCCGUUCAGCCUGAGCAACAGUAAUUCGCCCGUUAGAUUUCCAUCCUUAGAUCCAAGUGAGCUGUUGCUGCAAAAUCUCAGGCAUUUCAUAUCGGAAAGGCAUGGACUAUUAGAAGAUGGUUGGCGAGUCGAAUUUAAACAACCUUUGAAUGGCUAUCAUCUAUGUGCUGUGUAUUGUGCUCCGAAUGGAAAGACAUUUAGUUCCAUACAAGAUGUUGCUUGUUAUCUGGGCUUGGCAAUGAAUGGUAAGUAGAACUGUAUGGAUGCUGAAAUCAGGAAUGAGAGUUCUCUUCUUCAAGAAAGAUUGCAGCAUAUGCCCAAGAGAAGAAAGACAUCAAGAUGGCCAAACAAUGGUUUCACUGAGCAAAAGGGUAGUUCAGUGAGUGCUCAGCUCAGGGGUAUUCCAUUCAAUGGUCCGAUGAUGUCCCCUUUUGCCAUCAAAUCUGAUACUCUUUUUCAGGCUGGUGAAUCCCUUAGCUCUGGAAAAAAUGAAUGCGGUUGUGAGGAAGCUAAUAACGGACUUCCAAUGCAGUUUGAAGAUUUCUUUGUUCUGUCCUUUGGACGAAUUGACAUAAGACAGUGUUACCACAAUGUCAACAUGAUAUAUCCAAUAGGCUAUAAGUCCUGCUGGCAUGAUAAGAUCACGGGGUCGCUAUUUACGUGUGAAGUAUUGGAUGGCAGUUCUGGGCCUGUUUUCAAGGUUACAAGGUCACCAUGCUCGAAAUCAUUUAUUCCAAUUGGAUCAACUGUAUUUUCCUGCCCAAAAAUCGAUGAAAUGGUGGAACAGAACCUUGACAAACGAGGUGAUCGUAGAGACAGUACUCUAGAGCAUGAUGAUGACACUGUUGAGAUUCUUCUUUCAGAUCCCUCCCCACCUCUUGGAGAUGAUAUAUUGUCUUGUUUACGAGAGAAAAAUAUCUCCAAUACACUCAAUUGUCUGCGCUCUGAAGUUGGUUCUUCUUAAGUAGACUUUGAUAAUACUUUAUCCUAUAAUCAGAAGCAUGGGGUUGAAGUUGGCGAUAUUGUUGUGGAAGAAGAGUCAUUGUCUGUUGCAUGGAAAAAGGUGUCUCAAAAGCUUGUUGAUGGGUGUUCCAGUGUCCUGAAGCAGAAGGGCUCCAUGAACUUCCUUUGCAAGCAUGUUGACAGAGAAACAAGGGAAAUUAACCGGGAUAUGAUAAAUGAGGAAGACAAUGUAAUUUUAUCUUUGUCAAGAUUUUGCUGUUCUUUGGCUCCUCGUAUUGCUACAUGUGGUGAAAAGGAUAAAAGCAAGAUUGAACCUCUAGUUGAUGCUUUGUCAAGGUGGCUGGAUCAAAGCAGAUUUGGACUAGAUGUAGAUUUUGUACAGGAAAUUAUUGAACGUAUGCCUGGUGCCGAAUCAUGUUCCAAUUAUAGACCUCUGAAGAGUAGAAGUUCUUCUUCUGUAACUGUAGCAGAAGGAGCGCUAGUUGUCAAACCAAAAGGUGGGGAUAAUGUCAAGGAUGAAAUAUUCGGUGAGAUUUCUCGGAAAGCCAAGAGGCGUAAACUAAUUGGUGGUCAUGGUGUCAGCAAUCCACACCCUCCUCCCGGGAGGCCUAUGUGUUUGAGGCUUCCUCCUGGGCUUGUUGGUGACUUCCUUCAGAUAUCUGAAGUGUUCUGGCGUUUCCGUGAAAUAUUGGGUUUGGAAGAGGCUUUCUCACCUGAGAAGCUUGAACAGGAGCUUAUCAAUCCAGUGUUCGAUGGUUGGUUUCUUGAUAAAUCUGGGAAAGAAGUUAACAGAAGUGAGAUGAACAUUAGCGAUAAGGAUUAUACAGCUACUAAAAAUUUUUCUUUGUUCGAUGAACCUCGCCAACCUUUUUCUUCGGAAAAUACCUCUGCUUCUGUACUAAAAGGGACAAAAUCAGGGGAUUCUACUGAGUUUAACAUCUCAUAUUCCUCUCGUGGGCUGUGCUUGGGUGCACUUCUAACAACGACUCACAUUUCGCUUCUGCAAGUGCUAAUAUGUGAGCUGCAAUCCAAGGUAGCUGCAUUUGUUGAUCCAAACUUUGAUUCUGGAGAAUCGAGAUCCAGACGAGGACGGAAAAAGGAUGACAGUACACUUUCUGCUAAAAGAAAUAAGCUGCAUAUGCUUCCUGUUAACGAGUUCACUUGGCCUGAAUUGGCCCGUACGUACAUCUUGUCUCUUUUAUCAAUGGAUGGGAACCUUGAAUCAGCAGAGAUUGCUGCCCGUGAAAGUGGUAAGGUAUUUCGUUGUUUACAAGGUGAUGGUGGUUUGCUUUGCGGUUCACUUACAGGUGUGGCUGGGAUGGAAGCCGAUUCAAUGUUACUUGCAGAGGCUACUAAAAAAAUAUUUGGGUCUUUGACAAGAGAAAAUGGUGUUCUUUCUGUGGAAGAUGAUGAUUCCGAUGGCCUUGAUGCCACUGAGAUAAACACUUGCAAUGGUGAUGUUCCGGAGUGGACACAGGUUCUGGAACCUGUGAGAAAGCUUCCAACAAAUGUUGGAACUAGAAUCAGAAAGUGUGUCUAUGAUGCUUUAGAGAGAAAUCCACCAGAGUGGGCAAAGAAGAUAUUGGAGCAUUCCAUCAGUAAAGAAGUAUAUAAAGGCAAUGCUUCAGGACCGACAAAGAAAGCUGUCCUCUCAUUGCUAGCGGAUGUUCGAGGUGGAGAUUUGGUGCAGAGGUCUGUUAAAGGAACCAAAAAGAAGAAGUCUAUUGGUGUAUCUGAUGAAUGUCGUGCUGUGUUGCGUGAUGUUGCAGCUGCAGAUGAGGAUAAAGUAUUUUGCACUUUGCUGGGCCGAAAGUUGCUGAACUCCAGUGACAAUGAUGAUGACGGACUCCUGGGAUCACCUGCAAUGGUUUCGCGUCCCUUAGACUUCAGAACGAUUGAUUUGAGGUUGGCUGAGUUCACAUUGGCUGAUUUGACUCAUAUGCCCGGUAUGAGGUAUAUAAUGAAUGAAGCCGGUUUGAGCGGCAUGAUUACCUCUCGGGAGAAUGUUAACCGGUGGUGGGAUGAGAUGACGGCCAGACCGGCUAGGAAAAAACUCAUGGAAAUGGCUGCUUAUUAAAUUAGUUUAGUAUAUCGUUUGUUGAUUAUGCUGCUGAUGUGGUAUUUGGAUCAAAUAAGCUUUAAUUAAUAUUUUGAAAAAUAAGUUUUAACAUUUUCUGUCAUUCCCAUAUAAAAAGUUAAAUUUCAUGUGUUUUCUUC